AUGUCCAAGUUCACUCUCGCUCUCGUCGCCGGCGCAUCGGCUGCUGUAGGAGCAGCUACGACAGCAGCGAUCUACGGCAUCAGCAAGAGACAGCUACCUGACGAGACACAUACGAUCACAGCAAUACCGAGCCCAACACGAGCAUCACCAGCAGCACCCGCACCCCUUCCAGUCCGACGAGAUGAUCCAAGCCACCCGCUCCUCCCACCCGUGGACCCGUCUGGGGUCUUCCAGUAUGGCUUCCCAGGUCCCAUCAACGAUCUCCGCUCCGCAGCCUCACUCACCUCAGCCUUCGACCGCGCCAAACGAAAUCCUCAUUGGGUAGCCGAACACAUCACACCCGCCUCCGUCCUCCUCCGUAAUGGCGACAGAAGACACAGCGUCUUCACCGAAGACGACAGCAUACCCGAGAAGUUCCGCGGCAAGCUAAAGGACUACUUUCGUUCUGGCUAUGAUCGUGGGCACCAAGUACCAGCCGCUGACGCAAAGUGGAGUCAAGAAGCUAUGGACAGCACGUUUGCCCUUAGCAACAUGUGUCCGCAAGUUGGAGAUGGUUUCAACCGGGAUUACUGGGCACAUUUCGAAGACUUCUGUCGACGCUUGACAAGUUUCUAUCCAAGCGUGAGGAUCGUAACUGGACCGUUGUAUCUGCCCAAGAGGGAUUUCGAUGGCAAAUGGCGAGUAAGCUACGAAGUCAUCGGCCAUCCUCCAAAUAUCGCCGUGCCAACGCAUUUCUACAAGGUCAUCUUCGCCGAGGAUGGCAGGGUGGGAGGAAAUGUCUCGCUUGGUGCUUUCGUGCUGCCUAACGAUGUGAUCCACAACGACAAGCCAUUGAAGGACUUCGAGGUACCUGUGGAAGCUUUGGAGAGGGCCUCGGGACUGGAGUUCGCGGGCUUGUUGCCGCCAGCUAGGAGGAAGAGGUUGUGCCAGGAGGUCAACUGCAGUGUUAUUGUGAAGGAGUAUGCCGAGCGGCAGAAGACUAUGAUGAGCCCGCCACCGACCAAGGGAAGCCCGCCAGCAACGACGAUAACGCAAAGAUGA